AUGGGCUCUGCUCCGGAAGCGUUUUCCGAGGCAGCGCUGACCCGGCGCUGAGUACGGCCUAAGUGGGCGCCAUGGCGGCUCUGCUAUCUGUGAGCCAGUGGGGGCCUGCGGCUGCGGCUGUGGCGGCAGCUACCUGCAAAGGCCUACGGGUCUCGUACCGGAGGUGGUUCGGCGCUUCAGCAGACACCGUGUAUGAUGUGGUGGUGUCGGGCGGGGGCCUGGUGGGCGCCGCCAUGGCCUGUGCCUUGGGCUAUGAUAUUCACUUUCGUGACAAGAAAAUCCUCUUACUAGAAGCAGGUCCAAAGAAAGUAUUGGAGAAAUUGCCAGAAACUUACAGCAACAGGGUCAGCUCCAUUUCCCCUGGCUCUGCAACCCUUCUCAGUAGUUUUGGUGCCUGGGACCACAUCUGCAACAUGAGAUACAGAGCCUUUCGGCGAAUGCAGGUGUGGGAUGCCUGCUCGGAGGCCCUCAUAAUGUUUGAUAAGAAUAAUUUAGACGACAUGGGCUAUAUAGUGGAGAAUGAUGUCAUCAUGCACGCACUCACUAAGCAGCUGGAGGCUGUGUCUGACAGAGUGACUGUUCUCUACAGGAGCAAAGCAGUCGGCUAUGCUUGGCCUUAUCCAUUUCCCAUGGCAGAUUCCAGCCCUUGGGUUCAAAUUACCCUAGGUGAUGGCAGCACCCUCCAGACCAAAUUGUUGAUUGGUGCAGAUGGUCACAACUCAGGAGUACGGCAGGCUGCUGGCAUUCAGAAUAUUAGCUGGACCUAUGACCAGUCCGCUGUUGUGGCUACUCUGCAUUUAUCAGAGGCCACAGAAAACAAUGUAGCUUGGCAGAGAUUUCUCCCCACUGGGCCCAUUGCUCUGCUCCCGCUCUCAGAUACCUUGAGUUCCUUGGUUUGGUCCACAUCCCAUGAACACGCAGCAGAGCUGGUCAACAUGGAUGAGGAAAAUUUUGUGGAUGCCAUUAACUCUGCCUUUUGGAGUGAUGCUAACCACACGGACUUCAUUGACUCAGCCAGCACCAUGUUGCAAUAUGCUGUUGCUCUUCUGAAGCCCACUAAAGUUUCAGCUCGCCAGCUGCCCCCAAGUGUAGCCAGGGUGGACACCAAGAGCCGGGUGCUGUUUCCUCUUGGGUUGGGACAUGCUGCUGAGUAUGUCCAGCCUCGGGUGGCACUCAUUGGGGAUGCAGCCCACAGAGUUCAUCCCCUUGCAGGACAAGGUGUCAACAUGGGCUUUGGGGAUAUCUCGAGCUUGCUCCAUCACCUCAGUACUGCAGCCUUCAAUGGGAAAGAUUUAGGCUCCAUGAGCCACCUCACAGGUUAUGAAACAGACAGACAACGUCACAACACUGCUCUUCUAGCUGCUACAGACUUACUAAAAAGGCUCUAUUCCACCAGGGCUGCUCCGCUUGUACUGCUAAGGACAUGGGGCUUGCAGGCCACAAAUGCAGUAUCUCCACUCAAAGAGCAGAUUAUGGCCUUUGCUAGCAAAUGAACCAUCCUCUUCUGGAAAUUCUGUUGAUGAAAAAAGAACAUCCUGCCCCAAGACUACACACACAUUUUCAAGAUUUAAUUUAAUUUAAUAAAUUUACUUUACACUAGCA